AUGGUUUCGCCGUUGGAAACAUUGUUGAAGAGCGAACUAACGCCCAAUAAGAGCACUGCCCGACCCAUCAAGCUUAAGUCAGGAAUGCUGUUUAACAAAGUGAACGGGUCUCGCACGCCGUUUCGUAAUCCAACUCUAAUGGGCUCUAGUAAUUUAGCCAAUCAUUUGGCAAGUGUAUGGGAUGGUGAAUUGCACAUUUCCAGAAUCGGUUGCAAGGGUACCCCUUCCUUGUGCACCUUCGGCAACCGGUACAAUCUGGAAUCGUUGCCCCAGUUGGCCGGAUCCGUUCGAAAGUGGUCGCAUCGAUGA